AUGAGCGCGCGCUCGGAGCGCAGGGCGGCCUUGGGCCCCGGGGUGGUGCCGGCGCCCUGUGCCUCGAAGGUGGAGCUGAGGCUCAGCUGCCGGCACCUGCUGGACCGCGACCCGCUCACCAAGUCCGACCCCAGCGUGGUGUUGCUCCUGCAGGCGCAGAGCCAGUGGGUGCAGGUGGACAGGACGGAGGUGGUUCGGAGCAGCCUGCACCCUGUGUUCUCCCGGGUUUUCACACUCGACUACUACUUUGAGGAGGUGCAGAAACUGCGCUUCGAAGUCUAUGACACCCACAGGCCCGGGGCACUCAGCUGCCCGGAGGAUGAUUUCCUGGGGGGCAUCGAGUGCACCUUGGGCCAGAUUGUCGCCCAGAAGAAGGUGACCCGAGCUCUGCUUCUCAAGUCCGGCAGGAAUGCUGGCAAGUCCACCAUCACGGUGAUAGCAGAAGACAUCUCGGGGAAUGAUGGCUACGUGGAGCUGUCCUUCCGGGCCAAGAAGCUGGACGACAAGGACCUCUUCAGCAAGUCAGACCCCUUCCUGGAGCUGUACCGGCUCAACAGUGACCAGAGCGAGCAGCUGGUGUACAGGACAGAGGUGGUGAAGAACAGCCUCAGCCCUGCGUGGGAGCCCUUCAAAGUGUCACUGAACUCCCUGUGCAGCUGCGAGGAGACUCGGCCCCUGAAGUGCAUGGUCUGGGAUCAUGACUCCCGAGGGAAGCAUGACUUCAUUGGCGAGUUUGCCACCACCUUCCAGGAGAUGCAGAAAAUGGAAGCCCUUCCCCCACACCCCCAGGCCCAGUGGGACUGCUUGAACCCCAAGUACAAACAGAGGAAGCGCAACUACAAGAACUCAGGGGUGGUCAUCCUGUCCCACCUCAAGUUCCACAGGGUCUACUCCUUCCUGGACUACAUCAUGGGGGGCUGUCAGAUCCAUUUCACCGUGGCCAUUGAUUUCACUGCCUCCAACGGCGACCCCCGAAACAGCUGCUCCCUGCACUACAUCAACCCCUACCAGCCCAAUGAGUACCUGCAGGCUCUGGUGGCCGUGGGCGAGAUCUGCCAGGACUAUGACAGCGACAAGAGGUUUUCUGCUUUGGGGUUUGGAGCCCGGAUUCCUCCCAAGUUCGAGGUGUCCCACAACUUUGCCAUCAACUUCAACCCUGAGGAUGAUGAGUGUGAAGGCAUCCAAGGUGUGGUGGAGUCCUACCAGAGCUGCCUGCCCAAGGUCCAACUCUAUGGCCCCACCAAUGUGGCUCCCAUCAUCAGCAAGGUCGCUCGCACAGCCGCGGCUGAGGAGGCCAGUGGGGAGGCCUCCCAAUACUAUAUCCUGCUCAUCCUGACGGACGGCGUGGUAACCGACAUGGCGGACACGCGGGAGGCCAUCGUGCGCGCCUCCCACCUGCCCAUGUCCAUCAUCAUCGUGGGCGUGGGAAACGCCGACUUCACGGACAUGCAGCUACUGGACGGCGAUGAUGGCGUCCUCCGCUCCCCGCGUGGUGAGCCUGCGCUCCGAGACAUCGUGCAGUUCGUGCCCUUCCGCGAGCUUAAGAACGCUUCCCCUGCAGCGCUGGCCAAGUGUGUGCUGGCUGAGGUGCCCAAGCAGGUGGUGGAGUACUACAGCCACAAGGAGCUGCCCCCAAGGUGCCUCAGCACCUCCUCCCCGGAGCCCGGCCCCGGCUCAGCCCUGUGAAGAUACCUGGGCAGAAGGCCAGUGAGCGUGUGUCCUUGCAGUCUCUGUGCCCACUGUCCGAGGGGUCCCCAGAGACCUCCUGUCCCUCAGCCCAGGCCUCACACCUCUCCCCCCAUCAUCCUAUGGGCCUGGAUCCCCACUGGGGCCCUGUGGCUGAGGGGCAAGCAAAGCUGCACCCCCGCUGAUCCGGACGACUCCCCGCUGAAUGGCAGGAGUCCCUGCCGGAACCUCGGAGCCCUGUGCCUACCUGCCCCCAACCGGCGAGGGAGAGGGCCCAGGAAGCCUCUGGGGGCCCUGUCCCUGACAAAUUGUUUGUGGGGAAGCCCAAGACUCCCCCCAGCUCCUUCCCCAGCUCUGUGCUCCUUGCUGUGGGGACUUCGGGGGGGGGGGGGGAAU